CACCCCCGCUUUUGUUUUCCUUGGUGCUGAAGGGCAGAAAGAAACAUGCGAGGCAUGAUACUCCAUUUUGGUUGAGGGCAGAACUAUAGGUCCUGAUGCGCUUCCCUGGGGAAAUCAGGACCGGUGUAGCACUUCCGCGCAUCCCAGAACUCUGCCAAACAUUUGAGAGGUUUUCCCAUGGCGCGGCCCCCGGCGGAUAUAAUCUGGGAGGCGAGGCCAGGGACCGGACCUGGCCUUGUACUUCUCCCCGGAGUGGGGGUGUCUGGCCGGCGCAGCGGGCUCUGUGUACCUAGAGUGAUGCGCGAGACCUGCGGCCACUGGGUGAGCUCGAUGAGACCCGGUGAUCCAGCCAGAACCUCGAAUACUUGUGGCAAAGGGGACUAAUGUUCCUAAGGAUUUUCAGGUCCCAAACCCCCUUUUAUCUGACGCAAGGAGGCCAGAAGUCCCAGAUCCAGAGGGAUCCAGGGAUGGGAAUGAGAAGAAAGAGUUGAAGAGUCCAAAUCAAAAAGAGAUGGAAAAUGGAAUGUCUGUCAAGGAUGGUUGCCAGCCAGCAUGCCAGCUGGCUCCAAUCCUGUGAAAGACCAGUACCAGACUCAUCUCUCCUGGUGCAAGUACCAGUACCAGCUCCAGCAUCCAGUUCAUCCAGUUCAUCCAUGCAAAAGAAAAAGUCUACUUGUGCCCUCACAGUGGGUGCCACCGGAGCUCCCUAGCCAUCCACUGGGAAGAAGCCUUACCCCUGUUCUGACUUUGGCCUCUACUUCAUCUUCUUCUCAGUUACCAGUGAAUUUGCUCUAACCACCAGCCCUGGCCCUGACCCUGCCCCAAAUGUGGCAAAGGCUUCAGGCAGAAGUACCCUUGGGUGGCUCAUUGGUGGGUCCAUUGCUUUGGCAAGAGGCCAAAAGAACAGCAGGCUGCCUUGGGUUUCCAGAACCUCUCUUUAUUUUGGGAGGGAAGGAUCCCCCAAUUCACUUCCAGUAUUCUCAAUAUAUUUAAAGAGUAUGGGUUACAGGCUCACACAAGUUGAUCAGUUUUCUCUGGAAUGAAAGAGACAGGUUUACAGUUUGGAAGGGUAUAGAAAGGAAGUGAAUAUUUAAAGGAAACAAAGUUCUUUAUUAGGAAACAAACAGAGGUAAACAUAUGGGAAGAAGUAAACAGGAAUCAAGAGCUUUGCUAGUUGCAAAGAUGUAGAGUAAAAGUAUAUUUGUAAAAUGUAUAGGUACUAGAAAACAGAAAUAAAACCAUAUUUCGUAUUUAAAAAAGAGUAAAAGCAGGCUGGGGAUUCAGCUCAGUGGCAUAGGCGCCUGUCUGGCAAGUACAAGAUCAUGAGUUCAAUCCCCAGUACCCAUUAAAAAAAAAAAAAAAAAAAAGGAAAGUAAAAAUAUAAAGGAGCUAAGAGUAGUGGCACACUCAUGUAAUCCCAUCAGUUGGGAGGCUGAGGCAGGAUAGCUUUGCGUUUGAGUCUAGCCAGGUUACAUAGUCAGUCCUAGGCCAGCCUGAACUACAUAUCAAAACCAUAUCUCAAAAAAAAAAAAAAAAAAAAGAUGGGGGGAGGAAUUUGAAAAGAUGCUUGAGAGCUAAACAAAGAGCUCCUGCUCACGAAGCCCUUUAUUCUAAAUCCUGAGUAAGAUUUCAUUGCAAGCUAUCCACCUACCUGAUUUAUCUUUCUAGGAUGGUCUCUUCCUCAGAGGGCUUUGCUUUCUAGUCUGUAUCUCUCCGGCUCACUGAGAAGGGGUCAGAACCUAUUAAAGACCCUGUACUCACUCUGGAUCCCCCAGAAGAGAGGGCACAUGAAGCUUAAGGAAGGAGAUUUCUCAAUGGAGAAAAAUAAGGAUUUAAGAGUUGAUAUCCUUAGUCAUUUGGAACAAAGUUAAAGAGCACAUAACUCAAGAGGCAAGAUAAUUUGAAACUUCAAGCAGAUAAGCAAAAAUGGGAAUACAAGGGGCUGAGGGUUUAGCUCAAUGGUGUAAGCGGCUGUCUGGUUAGCGUGAGGUCAUGAGUUCAAUACCUGGUUUAAAAAAAAAAGAAUGGAAAUACAAUAAAGAGCUGGGUGUAGUAAUAUAUACCUGUAACUCCAGCAGUGAGAAGGCUGAGGCAGAAAGAUCACAAUUUCACAUCAGUUUAACCUGGGUCUACUUAGGCAAUUGAGUAACUAGUGUAACCCCCAUUUCAAAAUAAAAAAUAAAAGGGGCUGGGGAUUUAGCUUAGCGGCAUAAGCACCUGCCUUGCAAGCAGAUGGUCAUGAGUUCAAUCCCCGGUACUGAUAAAAAGAUAAAAAAAUAAAAAUAAAAUAAAAAGGACUGUGAAUGUAUCUCAGUGUGAAGGUCCUGUGUUCAAUUCCCAGUGAAGAAAGGAGAAGAGAAAGAGAAGAAGAAGAAAAAAAAAAAGAAUGGAGUAUAAUCAGCACAUUGUAUCAGUCAGUCGAAUAGCUAACACCCAAAAUUUAAAAGAGGAGAGGUUUAUUAGGCUCCCAGUUUCACAGGAGUCAGUCCAAGGCAGAAUCAUAAUGGCACAUGGGCUUGGAAUAGAAAAGUGGCUCAGUUUACACUGGCAGGGGAGCAGAACCAGAGAGGAAGGAAGGAAGGGUUGAGGGACCAGACACAGACCCCAAAUUAUGCCUCCAUGACCUUUCCAGAAACAUCCAGAAGUAUAAUUUACUAAUCUCCUAGGUGACUCCUAAGCCAGUCAAGUUAACAAUAUAGCAUACAAAUCACACACUUGUAGGAAAUACUUAUGAUGCUUUAUUGCAUUACUUAUUUUGGGAUUAGAGGUGAGGGAGAGGGGAUAGAAACUAAAGCAUCAAGUAGUGAGAAUGAUUCUCUCCUUGGCCAAGCUUUUCUCCACUAGGUCUCAACCUGGACCUCUAAGCACUAAGACAAAACACUUUACAGUUCUGACAGCUCAAGGCCACAUCCUUAGGAUGAUCUCAUCCCCAAAGUACCUACCCUAACUGAGAAAACUCAAGGCUGCCAGAAGAAUUUACUGUUUGCAGCUAGGCAUGGUGGCACAUGCCUGUAAUCCCAGCACUUGGAAGGCUGGGAUUUUUGUAAUUUUUCACUUCCCAGACUCUACUAACACUGUGUACCCUUUUACCCUAUCUCUUUAUUCUUGUUUAAAGUGCUCACUAGGAACUGGGGAUUUAGCUCAGUGGCACAAGUGCCUGCCUUGCCCAGCAAGCACGAGGCCACAAGUUCAAUCCCCAGCACCAAAAAGAAAAGAAAAAAUAAAUAAGUAAAGUGCUCAUUAGUCUGGCAUUGUGAGGCAGGAGGUCUAGACUACAUAGUGAGUUCAAGGCCAGCCUCAACUAUGUAAUGAGUCUCUGUCUCAAAAGAUAAAACAAGCUGCACACUUACUCAGGCAUGGUGGAUGCCUGUUAUCCUAGUACUCAGGUGGCUGAGGCAGGACUGCUGUGAGUUCAAAGUGAGAUUGGAUUACAUAAAGAGACAGUCUCUGGGGGCUGGGGAUUUAGUUCAGUAGCAUAAGCACCUGCCUUGCAAGCAGACAGUCAUGCCGAUCCCUGGUACCGAUAAAAAAGGAAAAAGACAAAAAAAAGAGACAGUCUCUGAAAACCAAUCAACAUCCACAACUGUAACCCCACCACUUGGGAGGCUGAGGCAGGAGGAUCACUGUGAGUUUGAGGCUAUGCUUAAUUACAUAGCAAGACUGUCUCAACAAACAAACCAGCCAUGAAUGCUGCCACGUGUCUGUUAUCCUAGCAGGUGGGAGGCUGAGGCAAGAGGAUCAUAAAUUCAAGGUCUGCCUAGUCAGUUCAGGCUGACCUUGAACUCACUGUGUAUCCCAUGCUGACCUCAAACUCACAGCGAUCUUUCUGUUUCAGCCUCCUGAGUGAUGGUAUUACAGCUAUGCAUGACAACUGUGUCAUGCUUUACUUUUUAAAAAACAUACACGUUAGUAAAUUUGGCAAAAAUUACACUGUAAUUUAACAUUUUCUCAGUCUAGCUCCUUCCUCACUAAGCUGGUGCAGCACCAAUCUAAUAGAAUGGGAAAAGCGGAGCUAAGGAUUCAAAGGGUCCUGUUGGCUCCUCAGCUAUAAACAUGUACAUACUUGGUUUCUUCCUUGGCUUGCUGUACCUAGGGUUCACCAAGGUGGGAACGUCUUUCUGCAGUGGUUGGAUACCAGAUUGCAGAUCCCGCUGCAGAGAAGCCUGUCACUUUCACAAUCCUGGAAACCACUGCUGAGGUCUUCCAGGAAUUUCCCUAGGACCAGGGGAUUCCGGUCCUCUGCCCUUUUCAAAUGCUCCGCCAGUCCAAGGCCAAUCAUGACGCAGCUUCUUCUCUUAGUUACAGCCAAUCAUUGAUCGCUUUGUAUCUAGGCCGAAGAGAGGCCAGUGAAACCGCCUGUGUCCAUCUUUCUUGAAGGCAAAAACGUUUUUCGGGACUUCCCUGCCCGUCCUACUGUUCUCACUAAAGCCAAAGCUCCUGCGACGUCCAUUAUUUUUAAGGGCAAAUGGGGCGUUAAGCCAGAGAAACCAGUAAGGCGCCAUAUUUGAUAUGCUCAAGAAAGACGCCUUUAAGUACAAUCGGUAGCAACUGAAGCCGGGUUGGUGCCAUAUUUUCUAAAGGCAUCUUCCGGGCCCUUUAACCGCGGUAUCUCUGUCUAAGCGGCCAUGAAGUGACUAAACACCUAGGAGUUUUAGUUGUCCGCCUUAGAACCCUCGAACCCUUAGCAGCCAGUCCCUGCUACUUUGGAUUCCACACCUGGCAAAGUCUGGAGACCAGGCUGGGCGGGGCCGGGGCCUGGACGACCCUCCCUGUGGACGACUAGAGCUGACGCCGGAAGCGGGGAGGCGGUGGCUCCAGGGACGAGGCCAGGCGGCAGGCGUUAGGAGCAGAGUCCCCAUGGCGCCACCCCCAUCCCUGCUUCUGGGGCCACGACCCGGGGAGACCCAGCGUUGUUGCCGGAAGCCUGGGGUCGUGAGGUUCGCGGACGUGGCUGUGUACUUCUCCCCGGAGGAGUGGGGGUGUCUGCGGCCCGCGCAGAGGGCCCUAUACCGGGACGUGAUGUGCGAGACCUACGGCCUCCUGGGCGCGCUCGGAUUCCCAGGGCCAAAACCAGCCCUCAUCUCUUGGAUGGAACAGGAGAGUGAGGCUUGGAGCUCCGCCGCCCAGGAUCCUGAGGAGGGGGAAAGCCUGGUAGGAGCUCUGAGAGCAGACACCUCAACCAAGGAAGAGGAAAUUGACGAGCCAGGAGGCAAGGGACCUGGAAUGACUUCUGGGAAAGAGUGGCCUGAAGCUUUGAUUGAACACAAUCCUGACUCGUCUAUCAGUAAGGCCUCAGCAAGAUCACAGCCACCCACGAAAGUUGCCUGGGACCAGAUGGCAGUAGCUCAGUCUCCUGUCCCUGGGCCCACCAUAGAUGCUCAGGCCAGCCAGCGGUGCCACGUGUGUACAGACUGUGGUCGCCGCUUCACCUACCCCUCACUGCUGCUCAACCACCGGCGCAUGCACUCCAAUGAGCGGCCCUUCCCAUGCCCUGAGUGUGGCAUGCGCUUCAAGAGGAAGUACGCCUUGGAAGGGCACCAGUGGAUCCACCGCUCCUGCUCUGGGGGGCGGCGGGGCCGCAGACCUGGGAUCCGAGCUGUGCCUCGGGCCCCAGUCCGAGGUGACUGGGACCCACCUGUGCUCUUCCGGCACUACCCCGACAUCUUUGAAGAGUGCGGGUAAAUGGCUUCUGCAGGCCAGAGUUGAGCCCAACAUUGCCGCUAAGGAUUGCCUGGCUCCUGAGGCAGGGACUUGAGAACUGAAACUCAUCCCUUGUGUUUCUUUCAAGGAUCCCUCAAGUUUCCAAACUUGUAAAAAAAAAAGUGCCUGUAACGAUCAAACAGAUUAAACUGGGAGUGGUGGGACACACCUGUGAUCCCAGCACUGAAGCGGCUGAGUUAGGAGGAUCACUGUGAGUUCGAGGCCAGCCUGAACUGCACAGUGAGACCCUGUUUCAAAAAAAAGAUCAAAUAGAUCAAACUUGACAACCUUCUUCCCAUUCCUUUGUUUAAAAAAAAAAAGGAGAGAAUGAGAUGCUGGACUUUCCUCACAGUGUUACCUCAAUAGCAGGUGCAGGUGAGCCCUUUCCCUUAUCUCAGGGAACAUCCAUUGGAUCCUUAUUUGCUUAGGAAGUACUGGUGAGCUGGGACUUAGGCCAGGGGAAAGGCCUCAGAGGCAGGACAUGGUUAACUAGCUGCUUCCAGCCGGAAACCAGGCAACUAGUGGAGUGGUCACUGACCGUGUGGUGUACACAUCUUGUCUGUGCAGUUUGAUCAAAGGCAUUGCUGAAAAUCACAUGACAUGGCCCAGGGACUUAGCUUAGCAGGCCUGCCUUGCAAGUGCACAGUUGUGACUUUGAUUCCCGGUACUAAAGUCCCGUGGCUUCCUGGCCUCAGUUCCCACAUCUGUAAAACAAAGGAAGAUUAAUAUCUACCUCAAAGGUUUGGUUUGAAAUCUUAAUGGGAUAAUACUAUGUAUGAGAUAGUAAAUGUGCAAUAAACAUUUGUUGAACGAG